AUGGUGAAGAUCUGUUGCAUCGGAGCCGGUUACGUCGGUGGACCAACCAUGGCAGUGAUUGCUCUGAAAUGUCCCGACAUUGAAGUAGCGGUCGUUGAUAUCUCCGUGCCACGUAUCACCGCAUGGAACAGCGACCAGCUUCCAAUCUACGAGCCAGGUCUCGACGACGUCGUCAAGCAGUGCCGCGGCAAGAACCUCUUCUUCAGCACCGACGUCGAGAAACACGUGAGAGAAGCAGAUAUCGUCUUCGUCUCCGUCAACACGCCGACAAAAACCAGAGGUCUCGGAGCUGGCAAAGCCGCGGAUCUCACUUACUGGGAAAGCGCCGCACGUAUGAUCGCCGACGUCUCUGUAUCCGACAAGAUCGUCGUCGAGAAAUCCACAGUCCCGGUCAAAACAGCUGAAGCCAUCGAGAAGAUCCUGACGCAUAACAGCAAAGGAAUCAAGUUCCAGAUUCUUUCGAAUCCGGAGUUUCUUGCUGAAGGAACAGCGAUCAAAGACCUUUUUAACCCUGACCGUGUUCUCAUCGGAGGGCGUGAGACACCGGAAGGGUUUAAAGCGGUGCAGACGCUAAAGGACGUGUACGCGCAUUGGGUUCCUGAGACUCAAAUCAUAACCACCAAUCUCUGGUCAGCAGAGCUUUCGAAGCUUGCGGCGAACGCUUUCUUGGCGCAACGGAUUUCAUCUGUUAACGCUAUGUCAGCUCUAUGUGAAGCCACUGGCGCAGACGUCACGCAAGUGUCUUACGCGGUUGGGACAGACUCGAGGAUUGGUUCCAAGUUCUUGAACUCGAGCGUCGGAUUCGGUGGUUCUUGUUUUCAGAAGGAUAUUUUGAAUCUUGUGUACAUCUGUGAGUGCAAUGGACUUCCGGAAGUGGCUGAGUAUUGGAAGCAAGUGAUCAAGAUCAAUGACUACCAGAAGAGCCGGUUCGUGAACAGGGUUGUUUCCUCCAUGUUCAACACCGUGUCGAACAAGAAGAUUGCGGUUCUUGGUUUCGCGUUCAAGAAAGACACCGGAGACACGAGGGAGACUCCGGCGAUAGAUGUGUGUAAAGGUCUUUUAGGAGACAAAGCGAGGUUGAGCAUUUAUGAUCCGCAGGUGACGGAGGAACAGAUCCAGAGGGAUUUGUCGAUGAACAAGUUUGAUUGGGACCAUCCGCUGCAUUUGCAGCCGAUGAGUCCAGCGAGUGUGAAGCAAGUGAGUGUGACUUGGGACGCGUAUGAGGCAACUAAGGACGCGCAUGGUAUCUGUGUGUUGACGGAGUGGGAUGAGUUCAAGAACUUGGAUUAUCAGAAGAUCUUUGACAACAUGCAGAAACCGGCUUUUGUGUUUGAUGGAAGAAACAUUAUGGAUCUUGUGAAGCUGAGGGAGAUUGGUUUCAUUGUUUACUCCAUUGGUAAGCCAUUAGACUCGUGGCUCAAGGACAUGCCUGCCGUUGCCUAA